UGACUUCUAGUUAGGGCACCAAACUUGCAGCAAGCUUGAGAGGUUCAGUGAUGAGUGUUGUACAUAAUUCUUCCCUCCUCCUCCCAGCUCGUCUGACUGUGAGUCCCAGCUUCUCUCAGGUCUUUAAACUAGACUUUGUGUCUCUGAGCUGUGAGGAGGACGACAGCUCUGCUGGAUGGACUCUGAGGAGAAACACCACCACAGAACAGAGGACUCAGUGUGGAGCUGGGUGGGGAAAACCAGCUGGUUCUUCCUGUAACAUCAGCUACACCCUCAUCAAGGACAGUGGAGUUUACUGGUGUGAGUCCAGAGAGGGAGCAACCAGUAACAGCAUCAACCUCACUGUCUCUGGUGGACCAGUGAUCCUGCAGAGUCCUGUCCUCCCUGUGAUGGAGGGAGAUGACGUCACUCUGCUCUGUAAAACAAAGACCACUCCCUCCAUCCUCUCAGCUACUUUCUAUAAAGAUGGCUCCUUGACCAGGACUGAGUCUACAGGUCACAUGACCAUCCACCAUGUUACCAGGUCUGAUGAAGGCCUCUACAGAUGUAACAUCAGCAGCCAUGGAGAGUCUCCAUCCAGCUGGAUCACUGUCACAGGUGAGGAGCUUCACUUUGAUUUCACCUCUAUUUCAUCCACAUGUUCAUCUGACCAGGUGAGAUUCUUUCUGCAUGUAAACCUGCAGUCCUCACCCAGCCGACUUGUGGGCCCCCUCCACCAUCCUCCCUCCACCUUGUCCUCAGACUGGUCUACCACCUGGUGGUGUUCUGUCCAUACUUCAUCUCCACUCUCCUCAUGGUGUCUUUAUGUCGACACAGACCAACAGGACGUGACCUCCUCAUCUCCAUGGCAACACCACCACCCCACCUGGAUGGAGCAGAGUGAGCUGCAGAGUAAAUGAAGAACUGUGUGUGGCUUUGUUGUAGCUGACAGCUAACAUGUACUCAAUAAAUAAAUAAAUAAACUAAAUAAUAAAAUGGUGUUUUAUCACACAUAAUUGAUAUUCCUAAUUAAUCAUAUCGGUAACAACAGUUUAGAUUUAAAAAAAAAACGCGCCUGUCUUAGACGUCUCUGUGACCUACACAAAAGUGACCUAGUCUGACGUUAAAAAAUUUUGAACGGGAUAUUGACAUCAAAAUCGGGUCAUAGUUAGACGUCCAAAUAUCAAACCUAGUUUACUCUUUGUGUUGACAUCCAGAAUUGGUCGUGGACCGACGGACGCGAUAUAGAUAGAUAGACAUGAUCUGCACGUCCACCAGACGUCUGAUGUUGUCAUGGUUCUAUGUCUGUCUCUUAUUUUGUGAUCAUGUUUUGGAGUUUCAUGUUUUAUUUCAUCAAGUUUCUUAGUUGCCAGUCUGUCUUGUCUCCUUGUGGUUCGUCAUGUCUGUCUGUGUCAUGUUGUGUUUCCUGUUUUAUUUUGUCAAGUUCUGGAUUUCCUCUCUAUGUUCCUUGAUUAUUCAUUGAUCUCGGCUGGUGUCAUUAUCCUGGUCUGUUUCACCUGUGUCUUGUCAGCGCUGCGCCCUCUUGUGUAUUUAUAGCCCUGCCUUCUCUUUGUUGCUUGUCUUGUUGUUAAUGUUGCUUCUGAUGUUCCCACGUCCAUGUUCCUUGUCUCCAAGCCAUGUCAAUGAUUCCUUCUUUGAUUUGCUUUUUGGAUUUGGAAAACCCAUCAAAUGAUGUGUUAAAGUUAGUUUUAACUCUAAAUAUGGAUUUCUGUUACUAUAACUCAAGUUUUUGUGGAUUUAUUUUUCUAUUUCCAAACCUGAGCUUUUAUUUUGAAAGUCAGUGGGUGUGAUGAGUGUUGUUCCACUUCUCCUCAGUUUGCACCGUCCUCACUGGGAGAGUUAUGUUGUUCUGCUCUGGGUUCAAUAAAAAAAAGUCAUAUCUCUUGAGUUUAAAUGCAACAUUAACGGAAGAAUGUUGAUGUACAAAUGUUCCGAGAUGUGUUUAUGGAGGUGUUAGUGGAGUGGUUGUGUUUUUAGAGUCAUUCUGAGCGACACAAGGAGAGUUUGUUUAGCUGCGACCCUCCCCCUGCAUGUGUGUGUGUGGGUCCUCCAUGUCGUAGCCUAUAUGCUCAAUGUAUUUCAUUUUAUUUUUGUGUGUGUGUUAGGAGUUAUGUGGAGAGGAGAUGACCAUUGCACACGCGUUGUGUCUCGUGUCACUGUCAUACAGGAAUAAAGGCGAA